AUGUUUACGAUGAUCCAAAUCCAAUAGUAUAUUAUAAUAUAAUGUGGUAGCCUAUCCUAUAAAAUAUUUCAGAUAUCGCAGUAGGAAGGUAUCUAGGCUAUACAUAUAUCAUUUCUUUUUACAGGUAGAGAUAGAAGAAAGAGUAUCUCGGUUAUUAAAGUGGCCUCUUUUCGCAGCAUCCUUUUUUCUUAAUUCUCUAUCCCCAUACCCUUUUCCUGCCACUACUGACCUCUUUCACAACCUCUGCUUUCCAUAAUUAAACAUCACCGCAAAGCACCAGCUCUGGUAUCUAUCCUCCCCCCUCUCACUUGUAGUAGGGGGUGGAAAAAGAAAUCAAAAACUCGUGAGAUAUUUUCCUUAUAAAGCAGUGCUGAAGGUGGUUGCGGGGCUCUAGUUGCUGAAGGAGACAACAGUCACACAAAAUCCUUUCAUCGCUUCAAAUUUCUCGUCUAAGCAAUGGACACCGUGACGCAAAAUCCUGAGAUAUCCUCUGAAGACCCUUCAGAAAUCAGCAGCCAAGUUGCCUCAAACCAACAAGAAUCCUUCCCUCAUUCCAAUGACUCUUCAUCAAUUUCCCUCAACCUUUCCCUCUCAAUGACAGCCAAUCUCUCAUCAACAAUCACAAGCGAGAGCAGCAGCGAUCCAGUACCACCAAGAGUCUUUGCUUGCAACUACUGCCACCGUAAGUUCUUUAGCUCACAAGCACUCGGUGGCCACCAAAAUGCACAUAAGAGAGAACGAACACUAGCGAAAAGAGCAUUGAGAAUGGAUCCCUAUCCUUACUCUUAUCAUAGUAUUGCAUCCUUAGGGAUCAAAGCUCACUCAUCAUUAAUGUAUCGAGCUGGUGAAGCGGCAGAGGGUUCAAUGAUUAGUCGAGGGUUGCUGGGACCCAUGCCUGAAUUUGUGGAGGAUGAUGUGGAUGGUUUAUAUUGGCCAAGAAGCUUUAGACCAAUUGCUAUGAGUUCAGUUCAGGUGGUUGAUGAACCUGAUCUCACACUUAGACUUUGAGAGGUAAGUUUGGCUUGCUUAUUUGGUUGGAUAUAUUCAUGAUUCUUGCGGUUGUUUUCAUGAAUUAACGCUUUGUUUGUUGUAUAUUUGCAAAGUUUUGGGUUUGUUAGUGCUCCUAUUUCUCUUUUUAACUCUUUUUUCUAAAGUAGAGUGUUCUAUGUUAUUAUAGCCUCAUGUUGGAACUGUAUUAAGUUUGCUUGUGGUAAUGGGUACUGUUGUUGUUUUA